GAGGUUCGCGCGCCACGAUCCGGUCCCGGUGCGCGCGAGCGAGCACGGACCGCCAGGAUGGAACACGAGCUGUGGACGGACCUGGAUCCUCCGGAAUAAACCGAGUCGUUCCGGAGGGGGGCGGGGAGACUUGAUACUUCUGAACCGUGUUUGUAGAACUUUUCUCUCGUGGAUCGGCGGAGUCGGAACUCUAGAGGAGAAUGCCGUUCCCGGUGAGGUCGGUGGAGCCUCAGCGGCUGUGCAGGCUCGGUGCGGACCCCCUCGGUGAGGACCCGGGUUCGGACGGUCCCCCGGUAUUCACGGACCUGUGCUCGGUCAGUAACGCCGCUCUGUCUCGCGCUGUGCGCCAGCUGUCGGACCUGGCGCGGCACGCGAGCUCGCUCUUUGAGGAGCUGGAGCGCGAGCUGGCGUCCACCGACCUGCGCGUGCGGGACCUGAGGGAUAAGAUACAGCGCAUGGAGCGGAGCACCGGGGAGAUGGACCACAAACUGGAGACCGUGCCUGCGUCGAGUCUGGACGUCGAGAGCAAGCUCAAAGAACACUACCAGUCUGCGUGGCGUCCACAGAGAAAUGUCUUCCUUCCGUCCUCCCGGCCGGCCUGCAUCGAGGAGCUGCACCGCAACGCCAGACAGAACCUGCGAGCGCUCCUCCGAGAUCAGCAGCAGAGACAGGAAGUCAGUGAACGACAGUGGCGGGCGACCCUCUCUGUAGCCCCGGCCACACCCACUCACCCCGUCCACCACACACUCCAUACGUUUGAAAGCCCCCGAUCCGCUUCCCCUACCGAAUGUUGUCACUUCACCCGGCGGAGCAGAAAGGAUUCGGACUCGGACGACGUGUCUUUAGGUCAGAAAUCCAAGAGCCCAAUUCCCAACGUUCCCUCUCCCCUCGACACCCAGACCAACUGGAGCGUGGCGCUACCGUUACCCACUCCUGACGACAGAUUAAGGAGCCAAUCAGAAGCCAUCGCAUCCUGUGUGGUGCCCAUCGACGUUACAGGGGCCGGGUUCGACAGAGACGCCAGUGUUCGCUGCUCUCUGGUCCACUCGCAGUCUGUCCUGCAGAGGAGACGGAAGCUGAAGAGACGCAAGACCGUCGCCGGGAUUCCCAGACGGGUCCAGCAAGACUCUGAUGAGUCUCCGGUGGCUUCCGACAGGAUCGUAAUAGUCCAUGCCAGCGUUGACUUUUGCCAGGAAGGUGCCCUGUCUCAUCUAAAUACCAAAGACUCCUGCUGCCAGACGGACGAUUUCCUGAUAGCAGCUGUAGCACCAUCUCGCAGACGGAUCAGAGCUCAGAGGGGGCAGAGCGUGACUGUUCCACUUUCCCGUUCCACGGGGAACAUUCCAUCCCUGCCGGACAGCUCGGACACCAUGUUUACCACAUCCGUCAGCUCACAUCUGCGCUCCCGUAGUCUUCCGCGUGAAGCCAGCCGACCAGCUGAGGAAGUUCAAGAUGACAGCGAGAACGACAACGAUGAGGAAGAGGACGGGCUUUCGCAGUUUGAGGUCCUGGAGGAAAACAAUCUUAAAGAUGAAGAAGAAUGCACUGAUGAGCAGCUACGACCAGAGAGGCAGCUUGGUAGCUUAACGUUUAACCAGCGUCCUGACAGCCCAGAGCAUGGGUGGAUGGACCGGGGUCGCUCUCACCUGCCGUUUAAAGCCGAUGAGAUUUCAUCGAGUUCUGAGACUUUCGGCAGCCCUAUUCAUUCAAACACUGGUGGUCUGGCCUGCCAGAUGGACCACAAGGAUGACCACCAGUCUUCUAGCGGCAACUGGAGUGGCAGCAGCUCCACGUGCCCUUCCCAUACAUCAGAAACAAUUCCACCUCCUGCUUCACCUCCUCUUACUGGAUCCUCACACUGUGACUCCGAGCUGUAUCUAAACACGGCUCUUAAUGCCACUGAAGACUCAGCAGGGUCAGUUAGUGACUCGUACUGUGUGGACAGGUUACAAGAUCUGGACGGUCACCAAGCAGGAUCAUUUUCUUCCUCUGCAACUGACAUGCUGGACGAUACAGGUCUCGGCAAUGCAAGUUAUGAUCACCAUGCGCACAAAACGUCCUGCCAACAGGUUUUUAGUCCCGGACAUUCCAGAGAAAGAAUAGGUGCGCUGGAAUGCCCCAGCUUUGCUAGCAUAGCCACUUUCGAUAGCUUAGAUAAGCCUCCGUCUGACAAGGCCGACACCACGUCGCAUUACUCAGUAGAUGCUGAGGGCUACUUUACUUCCAUGCACUUCGACUGUGGUCUUAAAGGUAGCAAAAGCUUCACUUACAACUAUGCAUCCGUGGACCAGCAAAAAGAAGAUCACGGAGGUCUUGGUACGGUCGGGAGGCACAGUCUUUCUCUGAGGAAACCAAAGGUGAAGCCGUCGCCUCCAAAACGCUGCUCAUCUUUAAAGAAAGUUAGCAGCUAUUCUGGACCAGCUUCAGAAAUAAGCCAACCAAAGAUACCCAGUGACCAGAACUCGCUGAUGUCUUCCAAGGACAGUAUAUCACAGCUGGAAUCAAAUGAUCCCUCUGAUCAGGCAGAGGGCGGUCAGGCUUCUGAAGAUAUCCCAGAUGUUGCAUUGCUUGGUUUCACGAAAGAUACCGUGCAGUCAGAUUCUGAAGACUUCUGGCUUUUGAAUGACUUGAAAUCCCCUGAUCCUUACCGAUCAUUGUCGAACUCCAGCACUGGCACAGGCACAACCAUCACUGAAUGCAUCAAGUUGCAAGAGAGCUUAGAGUACCAGAAUUCCCAGCCUGGAUUAAGGGCCAGCACACCUUCAUUGUCAUCUACAGAGACUGAAAUCAGACUGCCCUCCCCAGAAAAACUUGUAGGUCUGGCAUCCCCUUCCAGUGGCUAUUCGAGCCAGUCAGAGACGCCAACAUCCUCUGUCCCGGUAGCUUUCUUCCCGAACCCUAAGCCUGGUGGUAAAAGGAAGCCAAAGGUCCCAGAGAGAAAAUCCUCUCUUGCUUCACUGCAGAGAAGGGCAUCUAAGAAGGAUCUGGAGCUACCCAUCAUACCCCCUUCCCACCUUGACCUAAGUGCCAUUCACAGCAAAAGGAAGCCUUCAGCCCACAACCACAUUGUUCAUAACAGCAAACGGAAAGUAGAUAAACCCAAACCUGGGGCUAGUUUAAUCACACCUGAUAUUGAGCCAAAUCUCUCCAGUCUUUUGGAAGUUACCCCCAUGAUGCUUCAUACUGUUCAGCUACGCCCAGUUAGCAAACCUAGAGAAAACCAUCAUCAGCCUUGUACAGACAUGGCCACUAGACCCAAGUGCCCCAUUGCUCCCUUUGUAAGCAAACUCAACGAGCCCAGGAAGCCCCCACCGUAUUUACCUCUUAGCAGUGAACCCCCCUCUCAGGAUAGCUGUGAAUCAUUGUUUAUCCCCAUUGAGGGACCAGCUUUUGGGAGUCCACCAAACUUUUCCUUUUCUCAAAACAGGUUUGACAGGUUGGCUCCUGUACCUCUUUUUAAUAUAGCUGCUUCUCAAGAACUCUCUGAACAAGAGUUUAACAAGAACUCCGGGAGUCUAAAGGUACUUGCUGAAGAAGAGACUAGCACUUCAGAUGAACCCAUCUCUCAGCAGAGCAGUGUGGCAACCCAAAAGGACCAGGAGGUGAGAUCUGAACCAGCAGAAGAAGAAGACACAACAGAAUCUCCACCUGGUCAACAUGGAACGGCACAGGAAUCUCUGAACCUUGACCGAGUGCCUGAUUCUAUCCGUUGUUCAUCACCGGAAUCAUCACAAACGAAUGCAGUCAGUGAUGACAGCAGUCAAGAAGAGGAAUCGGGAACAUCAACCAGAAGUGCCUCACAGGAGACCAUGGAGGAAGGGUCUACAGCGGACACGGAGUACGACUUUGGCAGAGAAUCCACUCCUAGUGAUCCAGCCGUGUCUCCUCUGACAGAUGAAUCAAAAGCAGACGACGACAGUGUUUUUAUUUCCCCUACUAAAACCCGCACAACAGAGGAUCUCUUUGCCAUGAUUCACAGGUCCAAACGGAAGGUGCUUGGCAGAAAGGACUCUGGAGACUUGACUGUUCGAAGCAGCCCGGGUGCUAUUUCACCAGCCACCUCCCCAAGCACCCCUGUUAUCCCACUGACUCCAACCAGCUCCCAAAGAGCAUCAGGACCAAUUUACAGGAGUCUCAAGAAGUCCAACACCUCCAACGAGGAAUUCAAACAACUGCUGCUUAAGAAGGGAAGCCGCUCGGAAACCAGCUAUCGCAUGUCCGCCACUGAGAUUCUGAAGAGUCCCGUCACAUCCAGAAGCUUCGGUGACUCCCUAGUUGAAGGAAUCAAGAAUCCUGAGGGGUCCCUCUCACCGCCCCAGCUACAGUCCCCUGACAGAACACCUGAGCUCCUUCAUAGUCCAUUCCCAAAGACCAGCGUGGAGGGGUUCUCCUCGAGACUUUUAGGCUCUUCAAGGCAAGGUCGCUCGAGGAUACCGCCAGCCUCCAUCAGCAGUCGGUACAGUACACGCAGCCGACUGUACGCGUCACCCAUGCAGGCCAUUUCAGAAGGGGAAACGGAAAAUUCAGAUGGGAGUCCACAUGAUGACCGUUCCUCUUAAACAUUGUCUACAAGGUGCCACAGAGGAUGUGUUUUUAACUACUAAAGCUAGUUAUUUUUAUUGAAAUAUCUGAAUAAAUAUUGUGCUGCAUUAUUAUCUUUUUAGAAAAUAAUA